UUUAUGAUCGCAUCACUAAUGGUUACUGUUUGGUUAUGCUUUUCCGAUCGGGACGGACGCAACCGAUCGCGUGCUUUGUCACGAAUUCUACCUUCAUACUCCGUAGUAGAACAAGUAUAAUCUUUCGAUGAUUUAAUUCUUGCGCCAUCGUCGAGCGCGUUUGUUUUGGUUGAUAACAGAUAACGCUGGCAAGUUUUGCUUCCGAUAUCGAUAAUUACAAAAAAAAAACAUGUGACAAACUAAGGAUUUGCGUGAAAGUGCGAUUUGCUGGCCGUUGGCUGUUACGGUGCUUAGUUAUGCAGCAGAAGUUCAACUGAAUGGUGGCGUUCGCGAAGUUUUUGUGCAAAAGUUGAUGAAUUGAGCCAUUCAGAUAUUGUUAUUGUUUCAUCAUCCGUUUUCGAAUGUUGUGGUUCGCGUUCAGGAGAUGAUCACUGGUGAUUCCCGAACAAAAGCCCAAUUUUGGCCGAUUGUGAUAAGUGAAUCAUUAUUAUUCGCCAGGAGACCGAAGUGUUGCCUUCCGUGCCGUUAUCGCCCAAAUGGCAGUGGUGCUUUCCCCUCUUCGAUAACGAUCAUAAAAGUGAAUGAUAAAAGCGAUAUCUCAGUUCUAUAUCCCAUGAAAUUUGAUUCAAAUUCAAACGAACCAUGAACAACAAAGGAAAUAAAUCGAGCCCAAGUAUCAACAAUGGCGAAGGAACUCCUUUGCUGGCGCAUCAACACAGCAGUGCAAGUUCUUCCUCUAGCAGUGAAGUGGGAGUCAAUAAAACAACGCAAAGUUUUUCGCUGGAACUCGUGGCGGUGCUGCUUAGCUUUGGAUGGAGCAUAUCAGGAGUCGUUCUGACGAAUCAAAUUAUAUUCCAAACGUGCGUGUUCUUGGGCUACAAUGAUAGUCUUUGUGCACUUCUCGGAACCAACGCGAAUUCGACGGAGGUUGCGGAUUUGGAAGCGUUGGUGCAACCGACGGCGGCUACUAUUUCUAUGGCCUUGAACAUUCUCAUUUCAGUGGUCCCAGCUUUGUGCGGAUUAUUCCUGGGUCCGUGGUCGGAUCGGUUCGGUAGAAAGCCAGUUAUAAUAAUCCCAUGCAUUGGUUAUUUCAUCACUUUCAUCACGGAAGCCGUUAUCUGUCACUUCUCGUUCUCGUUUAACCUGACUCCUUGGCUGUACGUCGUGGCACACAUCCCAGCAGCGAUGACCGGCGGAGUUGCUGUCGUUUGCACCGGAAUGUUCAGUUUUCUCACCGAUAUUACGACUGAGCAAAAUCGAACGGUACGAAUGGGAAUUCUGCAAGGCUGUAUCCUAGCAGGAGCCUUUCUCGGAAUAAUGUCCAGUAGUUUCAUCCUUGCGUGGACCAACGCAAGCACGAUUUUUCUCAUUUCCGGUUGUACGAUUCUGUUUGGAGUGAUAUUUGUUUAUUUUGCCAUUGAGGACAGCGUUCCGCGGCGACAGGGCGAUGCUUGUAAUGGACUCGCAACCAGACUGAGAGAGAUAUUCCGAUUGGAUUUGCUGAAGGAUAUGUUCAAUACGUUUUUCAAGGCAAGAUCUGGCUAUGAUCGAGGUAUCAUUUGGCUGACUGUGAUAAUCGGUGCUUUCACUCUGCUGGGAACGCAAGCAGCCACGUUAUACUUUCUGUACACGAGAAUGAAAUUCAACUGGACGCUUGAAGAUUACACGCUGUGGCAGUCGAUCGAUAUACUGACGAUUAUCAUCGGUAGCUUUUUGGGUAUUACAAUCAUGAAAAAACUGUUCAAGUUGCCGGACAUUGCCAUUGCCUUGCUGUCAGUGCUGUGCUUUGCCAGUGACAGUUUCAUCAAAGGUAUGGCCACCCACGGCUGGCAGCUGUACAUGUCGACAGGACUUACACCGCUUAAGGGAACCGAGGGAGCCGCUUUGAUGUCCAUCGCGUCCAGUAUUCUGCCGUCGCAUGAUAUUGCGAAAAUUUUCUCGAUGGCAAUGUCCCUAAACGGAAUGAUUCCAUUGGCCGCAUCUCCCCUGUUCACCUUUAUCUACAGUCAAACUUUGGCGACGGCACCGGAGGUGUUCAACUUUGUCGCCGCGGGAAUAUUCUCGAUGAAUUUACUGUUUGUUGGAAUAAUUCACAUUUUCCUGAAAAAACGGCAGCAAUACCAGAUACUUGAAGCCGAUGACUCAUCGUCAGCAGUCGGUAGCAACGAGAUUCUAGCAUAGAUUUAAGAACGCAUUGUGAUAAUAGUUGUUAGUACAAUUAAAUACGGGUGCUUUGCCGAAAUAAAAAAAAAACACAUUUA